AUGAAGCCACAAUUGAAGAUAGCAACAAAUGGAGGCAAACAGGAAAAUGAUGAAGCAGAACCAGUAUCUCCUACUGGACAAUACUUCAACAGCAAAGUGUUGUCUAUUUGUAUCAUUGCCGUUCUGGAAACUGAAGUUCCCGUAAAUGAAUCUUGUGUAAUGCCACAACUUCGAGAUGUCUUCCUACCCCUGAACCCCAGAUUUUCAUCUGUCAUGGCAUCUGACAAGAAAGAUGUAAAACAAUGGAAGCGAGUGGAAGUGAACCUGCAAGAUCAUGUUGUUGUCCCUAGCUUCCCUGAUGGCUUAUCGGUUGAGUCAUAUACCGAUUACUUCGAUGAAUAUCUGACGAAAAUCACUGGGGAUCAAUUACCACAAGAUAGGCCUUUAUGGGAACUUCACAUAUUUAAGUACCCAACAAGCAAAGCAGCUAAUCAUAUAAUCUUUAAGCUUCACCAUUCACUUGGUGACGGCUAUUCUCUGAUGGGCGCACUUCUGUCCUGCCUGCAAAGAGCAGAUAAUCCUUCUCUUCCAAUAACUUUUCCUUCAACUCAAACAACCAAAAAAAUCAAGAACAAUAAUGCAAUGGAGUUCAUCAACUGGAUGCCAAGAAUUAUGUCGUCAAUCUACAAAGGAGCCUGUGAUUUUGGAUGGAGUUUUCUUAAAAGUACUUGCAAGGCAGAUGAUAAGACACCCAUCAGAUCUGAGAAUAAGGGUCUGGGCUUCAACCAAAUCAAGAUUUCUACUAUAGAAUUACCCCUAGACCAAAUUAAACAGAUCAAAACAAAACUAGGCUCAGUAAGUUCUCCUUUUCUCUUCUUGUUAUUUUACCCCAUUAAAGUAUAUACUUUUAUUUCAGAUUAGAAAAAAAUGGCUUAAUAUAUAAAUUAAAUAAAACCAACUAUCUAUUAUAGCA